GUAAGCGAAACACAAGACAGACGGACAUAGCAGGAGGUUGGAGGAGCUGCUUUGGGAACUUGAGCCGCUGCUAUCUACAGCGGAGGAAACGUCUCAUUUUUUAAUUCCCUUGGUAGCUACAUAGCUAACCGCGACAAUACAAGACGUCAGGAUGGCGAUGGACAUCUACGACUCCCAGUACCUGCUGGUCCUGGCCCCCUCCCUGGUCAUCGCCCUCUUGUUCCUCUUCUUCUGGCUCUUCAUGAAGGAGACGUCCUACGACGAGGUGCUCGCACGGCAGAAACGCCACCUUAAGCUGCCAGCCUCCAGACCCGACACGCGCAAGAAGGGAGACAAGAAGAAGAGCAAGAAGAGGGAGGCUAGCGGUGGAGGAGGAGGGGGAGGAGAGUCGGAGGAGGAUCUGAGGGACUUCGAGGUGGGCGACACCGCCAAUGGCUCCGCUCUGGAGGAGGAGGAGGAGCCCGUGGCCCCGCCCACCCCGGCCCCCGCCCCCCUGGCCGCCCCCGUGGAGCUCCCCUCAGGGCUGAAGGAGAGGAAGAAGAAGGAGAAGAAGCAGCAGGCUGCCGCCGCCAAGGCUGCCGCCGCGGCCAGCUCCCCUGAGGAGCCAGAGGUGAACGGGUCGAAGGCAGCGGGCCGCAGGGCGGAGACGCCCGUGGCUGUCAGCAAGCAGCACGGCUCCACCCCGCCCCAGCCUGACGAACACACCCAGACGCCCCCCCCGCCCGCUGGGAAGAAGAAGGAAAAGAAGAAGCAGAAGGCUGAGGCUGUGGAGGAGAGCCAGCCCGAGACUAAGGUGGCCCCGGCCCCCACUCCGGCCCCGGCCAAGAAGGAGGCUCCAGUUGUGGCCGAGACCAAGGCCCAGGAUGGUGCCCCCCCACCCACCACCACCACGGGCAAGAAGAAGAACUCUGCCAAGAAGCAGAAGACUGAACAUGCUCCAGUUGAUGAUGCCCAGACUGACUCUGCUGCCCCAGCCAAUCACCAGGCAGGACACAACGACGACGCCCCCUCCAAGGGGAGUGGCAGGAAGCAGAAGAUGGAGGCUGAUAAAGAGAACUCUGAGGUGAAGCUGAAGGAGCUGCUGGCUGGGCUGGGAGGACUGACGGAGGCCGAGGUGGUCAGCGUGGUGGCUGUGCUGAGGGAGAAGAGCCCCAACGCCCUGGAGGCCUGGCACAAGUCCACCGUCAAGGCCGACCCGUCAGCCCAGGAGAAGGACAGACUUCUCAACACCCUGCAGGAAGAAGCCUCCAUAGCCAAGGACAAGGUCAAGCAGCUCAGCCAGGAGCUGCAGUUGGAGAAGCAGAAGAGCGUCCGGGCUGAGGCUGUGGUGAGGGAGCACCGUGGGGCCCUGGAGAAGGAGAUGAACGUCAUCCAGGCCAAGGCCCAGGGCAGCUACCAGGACAUGCAGAUGAAGUUCCAGCAGGUGAGAGAGCAGCAGGACAGUCAGAUCAGCCGUCUGCAGCAGGAGAACAAAAUACUGAGAGACGCUGUGAGCUCAGCCACCAAUCAGAUGGAGAACAAGCAGUCUGCGGAGCUGAACAACCUGCGCUCUGAGUGCUCAGGCCUGAUGAAGGAGCUGGCAGAGACCUCCAGCAAGCUGCAACAGGAGGAACACCAGAGGAAGUCCCUGGAGGUCAACUACAAGCAGGCAGAGGCUCAGCUGCAGGAUACGAAGCGUCGCUGGGACGAGCUGCAGAACUACCUCCACGGAGUGAACUCUGACAAGCAGGCGCUGCAGGCCGCCAAGCAAGAGCUGCAGAACCAGCUGCUGGCCGUGGAGACGGAGAUGAACAACAAGAACCAGGAGAUCCUGACUCUGCACAGCAGCCUGACAGACACCAUGGUGUCCAAGGAGCAGAUGGAGCAGAAGGUGUUGCAGCUUCUGGAGGCGUCCCAGCACAGAGUCCCAGACGACGCCCUGCAGGGCCAGCUCCAGGAGCUCCUUGGUGAAAACAAGGGACUCCAUGUCCAGGUUGAGGCCUUGCAGGCCCAGGUCAGCUCCCAGGCUGCUCACGUCUCCCACUUUGAGGAGCUCCAGAAGCUGCUGGCUGAGAAGGAGCAGCAGAGGAUGAGUUUGGAGGACUCCCUCAACGCUGAGAGAAGCAGUGGGGCGAGCAGAGAGACCAACAUGCAGGCGAUGCACAAUGAGAACUUGUCACUGAAAGCAGACUUCCAGAAUCUGCAGGCUCAGAUUUCUGACCAGACUGCCUCUCAUUUGGCUUUCGACCAGUUCCAGAAGAGCGUCCAGGAGCGAGAGGAGAACAUCAAGACUGUGGAGGACCUGCUGAAGGCCGGCCUGAUCGAGGUGGCCAACAAGGAGGAGGAGCUAAAGGCUGUGAGGGUGGAGAGCGAGGCUCUGAAACAAGAACUGGAGGCUUUGAGGCUCCAUAUACCUGAACAGUCCUCCUCCGACUCCAUCGUGGACGAGUUGCAGAGCAAGAUGCAGGAGAGGGAAGAUCAGAUCCAGGUGCUGGAGGACAGCCUCCAGACAGCCCUGGACAGCAGCUCCACCAGGCAGAAGGCCGUAGAGGCCCUAGAGAAGCAAGUUGCAGCCCUGCAGUCAGAGGCUGAGCAGCUGAAACAGCAGCAGGCUGAAGAGACCAGCUCCACCUCCUCCAGAGACCUGGAACUGCAGGCCCAGCUGGCAUCCAGGGAGCAGGAGGUGCAGAGUCUGCAGGCAGAGCUGGAGGGCAGAGCUGCGGAGCUGGAGGGCAGAGCCAGGGAGAUGAGCGACAAGGAAGAGCAGCUACAACAGCAGCUUCAACUGCAGCUGCAGCAGCAACAGCAGGAGUCCCAGACAGCAGCUCCCACCUCAGAGAUGCUGAUUGCGUUGGCGGAGAGGGAGAAGCAGGUGUCUGGCCUGCAGGCUGACCUGGAGGAGCUGAGAGACUCUCUGGAGCUCCACAGGAAGAAGAACAACGAGCUUCGGGAGAAAAACUGGAGUGCUAUGGAGGCUCUGGCUGCUACUGAGGCCAUGCUGCAGGGGAAACUCAGCAAGACCGCCAAGGAGAGCCAGACAGGUCUGGAUUCAGCCCAGGCGGAGUGCAGAGAGGUUCUCCACAGACUGCUGCCUCACGUCCCUCUGCCCACCCAACAGGACCACCAGGAAUGGCUGCAGAGGUUUGAGAGUGCGGCGUCCGAGGUUCGUGCAGCGGAGGCCAGCCCUGCUUCUCCUCCUGCUCCAGGAGCAGAGGAGUUCACGGGCCUGGCUGACAAGCUGAAGGAGUCCGAGGAGGCCCAGAAGGUUCUACAGAAAGACUGUGAGACGUACAAGAAAGUUUUGGCAGAGACGGAGGGCAUCCUGCAGCGCCUGCAGAGCAGUGUGGAGCAGGAAGAGUCUCGCUGGAAGGUGAAGCUGGAACUGGGUCAGGUGGAGCUGAAAGAGAUGAGUGUGAAAGUCACAACACUGGAACAGGAAGUGGAAAGACUGAGCGAUGUUGGAGAGCUGGAAAACGUGAGACGAGACAAGCAGCACCUGGAGGCGGAGCUAGAGCGGGCGGAGCGCGAGAGCGCCACCUACGUGACGGAGGUCCGAGAGCUCAAAGAUCUGUUGACUGAAUUGCAGAGCAAACUUGAUGGCUCUUACACAGAGGCUGUCAGGCAGAAUGAGGAGCUGACCUUGCUGAAGACCCAGCUGACGGAUACUCUGUCCAAGCUGGAGGCGGAGGAGAGCGAGAGGCAGAAGGUGGCAGGUGACCUCUAUAAGGCCCAGCAGUCCCUGGACCUGAUCCAGGAGGAGCUCUUCAAGGAGACGGGCCAGGGGGAGCUGAUCGAGAACGACAACUUCUCAUCCCAGAGGGAAGAGAUGGACAGGAAGGAGAAAGUGACUGCGGGGCUGAACCAGACAGUGAGGGACCUGCAGCACCUGCUCCAGUCUGUCAACCGUCAGCUCACCAAGAGACAUGAGGGGGAGACGGACAAAGACUCUCCAGAGUUAUAGAAGGGGUGGUUUCCCCCAUAGAGCCCCCCUGGACCCUCCACAUCAGCACCCCCCCCCCCCUCCUUCUGCUUCAGCUGUACAGUGGGAAGCCUCCUUUUGGCCCUCUAUCCCAACGCCCACUCCGCCCCCACCCAUCUCAUCUGCUCUGGCCUCAACCUCUACCUCCACCUCUACCCCCAGCCUCCACUUCUGGCCUCCACCCCUGGCCUCCAGCCAGGGUCAGGCAGGCAGAGGCCCCAACACUCUGGACUCCAGAACAGACCUCGCUGCCUCCACAGGGCCCCCCCUGGAGCUCCUCUCCCCCCUGAAGCACAGACGGAGCAGCUCCACGGCUCCUGCCGGCCUCCCUCCCUCCCUGCCGUUUAGUACACUCCUCCUGCUUUUGUCGACGGAAAAUCUUUGAAUACAGCGGUAGUUUUCAUCUGUAGUUUUUCUUUGUCAAGAGGGAAAAUGAAUUUCCUUAAUCACUAAAUGAACUUUGGGGUUUUCCAACCUUUUUUAAGUUAAAGAGUAAAUGAUGUAUUGUUUAAACGUACCUGUUAGGACCUGCUGGCCUCAGUGUUGAUGAGCUCCUUGCUCGCAUUCAGACUGGUCACACAUGUGGAUGCAUUCAUGACUCAUAGAUCCAUGCAUUCUGUUGGCUGAGUUUCGGGUGGGCUGGGGGGGUGGGAGGGGUCGGGGUGUGUCCCAGCAUGAAUGAGGGGUCACUAAGUAACUGUAACCAUGGAGAUGCAUAGAGUACGUGUAUGCGUGUGUUGAAAUCCUGCUCCAGUAAGAGAUGAGGUCAUGUGACCCGUGAGGUCAUGUGGCCCGUGAGGUCAUGUGGCCCGUGAGGUCAUGUGACCCGUGAGGUCAUGUGACCCGUGAGGUCAUGUGACCCGUUUCGAGCAGCAGAAUGCCAGGCCUACAGUGUAGAGGGUUUUUAAUCCUACUGUAACUACUCUAGGAAUAGGCGUCCCAUAUCAUCUGUAAUCAACACUUGCUAUAUAUUGUUGCUGAUUUCAUUAACACUGAAUAUUUCAUUCUUUUUGUAACAGGUGACCGUUAAUAAAAGGGAUGCUUGAUGAAUCUGA